AUGGUCUUCAACGAGAAUGGCGAUAUCUGUGAAAUGGAAAAGGAGUUCAAGAAGCUAGAGUUGUGUACUGCUCAUGGGCUGCUGCCACGGGACUUGCGGACUAUCGACUCAAGUUUUGGAGGCCAUGUUUCGUCGAUACUAGUCAGGAAGCAUGCAAUUGUGCUCCAUCUGGGACAUAUUAGGUGUAUUAUAAAAGCAGACAUGAUGCUGCUAAUCGGGGCUCCUGGUAUGGACGCCAGUCAUCAGAGUGCGUUUGUGUACGAGUUGCAGGGCAAACUCAAGUCAAGGGAUUCUCCAUUCUUUGAACAUCGAGCGCUCGAAGCCGUCCUCCAAAACGUAAUCAACGAACUCGACGAAACGAAAGAAGCCCUCCUUCCACCUAUUGAACACCUCCUUGAAUCCCUCGCACAACACGUCGACAGAGAUAAACUAUUAGAACUCUUAGAAUUCAGGCGUCGAAUAACGAAAUUCGAAAACAAAGUGACCUCAUUACGUGAAACAAUACAAGAUUUACUUAAUAACGAUGAAGAUUUGGCCGAGUCGUAUCUGACAGAGAACAAUGCGGGGAGGCCGAGACAGGAGAGCGAUCAUCUGGAGAUUGAGUUUCUGUUGGAGCAUUAUAUGAAAAGGAUUGAUGAAAUCGCAUAUACCAUCACGGAAGCAUCAAACGGCAUCGCAUCGACCCAACUCAUAACAAACAUGAUUCUGGCCUCACAGCGAAACCAACUGUUAUUAUUCGAAAUCAAGAUAACCCUCGCAACCAUGGCUCUAUCAUCUGUAGCUGCUGUUGCAUCUAUAUUUGGAAUGAAUAUUCAGAACGGACUGGAAGGUUCGCAUCCAUCAUUCUAUGCCGUCGUAGGACUCAAUGUCUGUGUCGCAGCAUUCUUGUAUCUAGCUACUACUAGUCGGAUGAGGAGAAUGUCGCAGAGUACGGGGUUCAAAAUUAGUAAACGAAGCCCACUGCUUCCCCUCCUCAAUGUUUCCGGAACCACAACUGCUACAAAGACCACAUAG